AUGUGUGGUAUCUUUGCGUGUCACAACCAUCCGUCAAUAGCCACCUUCAAGACCACUGCGCUGCAGUGCGUCAAAUGCCUCCGGCAUCGUGGCCCUGACUGGUCUGGGAACUGGACGGGCAACAACACUAUCCUAUGCCACGAACGUCUUAGCAUUGUCGGUGUGGACACGGGCGCACAACCUUUGGUCAACGAUGAGGGGACAAUUGCCCUUGCUGUCAAUGGCGAGAUCUACAACCACCGCAUCUUGCGCAAGCAUCUCAAGACGCCCUACAACUUCAAGACCCACAGUGAUUGCGAAGUGAUAAUUCCUCUCUACCAGGAAUAUGACAUUGAGGCUCCGAACAAGCUCGACGGCAUGUUUUCCUUCGUCCUCUACGACAAGAAACAAGACCGAACAAUUGCUGCGCGGGAUCCCAUCGGCAUUACCUCGUUCUACAUUGGUCGAUCAAGCCAGACCCCGGGAGCUGUCUUCUUCGCCUCCGAACUAAAGGCUCUGGCUCCAGUAUGUGACCAGAUCGAUGCAUUCCCACCAGGCCAUGUCUACGACUCCAAGACCGACAAGCUCACGCGAUACUUCCAACCCUCGUGGUGGGACGAGAACAGAAUCCCAGACACACCCUUGGAUUACAAGCUGCUCAGGAAAACGCUGGAGAAGUCUGUGCUCAAGCGUCUCAUGGCUGAAGUGCCAUAUGGUGUUCUGCUCUCUGGAGGCCUGGAUUCAAGCCUGACGGCUUCGAUAGCGCAAAGAGAGUCUCUCCGUCAACGCGCAAUCAUCAAUGCCCAGAGCAAUGGUGCCGUCAAUGGUGACGGGCCUAAGACAGGAACCAAGCUGGUCGGCAUCGAUGAUGAUGACGAGCUGUCAACCGUCACCUUCCUUCCUCAGCUGCAUUCGUUCUCGAUUGGCCUGCCAGACGCUCCAGACACCAAAGCCGCGCUUGAAGUGGCCAACUUCCUGGGUACCAAGCAUCACGACUUCACAUUUACCAUUCAGGAGGGUCUAGACGCGCUGUCCGAUGUCAUCUAUCACCUCGAAUCAUACGACGUUACGACCAUCCGUGCCUCGACACCCAUGUACCUUCUCAGCCGAAAAAUCAAGGCCAUGGGUGUCAAAAUGGUUCUGAGCGGUGAGGGAAGCGAUGAGAUCUUUGGCGGCUACCUUUACUUCCACAACGCUCCAAACAAGGAAGAAUUUCACAAAGAGACUGUUAGGAGAGUCAAAAACCUUCAUCUGGCUGACUGCCUGCGUGCCAAUAAAUCCACCUCCGCAUGGGGUCUUGAAGCUCGUGUGCCUUUCUUGGACAAGCAAUUCCUCGAGGUUGCAAUGAACAUUGACCCCGCCGAGAAGAUGAUCACGAAAGACAGAAUCGAAAAGUACAUUAUUCGCAAAGCAUUCGACACCAGCGACGAGCCAGACGUGGCCCCGUAUCUGCCCGAUCAUAUCUUGUGGCGCCAAAAGGAGCAAUUCAGCGAUGGUGUUGGAUAUGGCUGGAUCGACGCUCUCAAGGACCACGCUGAGCUCAACGUAACAGAUGAAAUGCUGGCAAACCCUAAACCGGAAUGGGGUGAUGAUAUUCCAACCACCAAGGAAGCAUAUUGGUAUCGGUUGAUGUUCGACCAGCAUUUCCCCGCAUACUGUGCGUCUACAGUCAUGCGAUGGACGCCGAAGUGGUCGAAACAAACAGAUCCCAGCGGCCGAGCCAUUGCCAGCCAUGUCGCGAGAUAUGAGGAUGCUAAAAAAUAA